GGGCUGCCGGGAUCGCUCGCCGCCGCUGUGGUAAUGUCCGCCAUGUUGGCCAUGGCGCAGGGAGCGGAUCGGGCGGGCGAGCGGCGGAUCUAGAGUGUGGAAGCGGCCGCGGGCGGCGGGGGGCUGUUCUGGGGCGGGGUGGGCGCCCAUGCUGGGGCCGGGGGCACUGCGGAGGAGGAGGAGGAGCGGGCCGGCCGCGCUGCACUGAGGAAGGAGGUGGAGGAGGCGGCGGGAGUGCUCCCCCCCCCUCCCCGCCCGCCCCGCCGCCGCCGCCCGGGCUGUUCCUGUAAGGCGGGGAGACAAUGAGUAAACUCUCCUUCCGAGCGCGGGCGCUGGACGCCGCCAAACCGCUGCCCAUCUACCGCGGCAAGGACAUGCCUGAUCUCAACGACUGCGUCUCCAUCAACCGGGCCGUGCCCCAGAUGCCCACCGGGAUGGAGAAGGAGGAGGAAUCGGAACAUCACCUACAGCGAGCUAUUUCAGCGCAGCAAGUAUUUAGAGAAAAAAAAGAGAGCAUGGUCAUUCCAGUUCCUGAGGCAGAGAGCAACGUCAACUAUUACAAUCGCUUGUACAAAGGGGAGUUCAAACAGCCCAAGCAGUUCAUUCAUAUUCAGCCUUUUAACCUAGACAACGAGCAACCAGAUUAUGAUAUGGAUUCAGAAGAUGAGACAUUAUUAAAUAGACUUAACAGAAAAAUGGAAAUUAAACCUUUGCAAUUUGAAAUUAUGAUUGACAGACUUGAAAAAGCCAGUUCUAACCAGCUUGUAACACUUCAAGAAGCAAAACUGCUGCUAAAUGAAGAUGAUUAUCUUAUUAAAGCUGUAUAUGACUACUGGGUGAGAAAACGAAAGAACUGCAGGGGGCCAUCCCUCAUUCCCCAGAUUAAGCAAGAGAAAAGAGAUGGCUCUACCAACAAUGAUCCUUACGUUGCCUUUCGGAGGAGAACAGAGAAAAUGCAGACUCGGAAGAACCGUAAGAAUGAUGAAGCUUCUUAUGAAAAGAUGCUGAAGCUGAGGCGGGAGUUCAGCAGAGCCAUAACAAUUUUGGAAAUGAUUAAGAGAAGAGAAAAAACCAAACGGGAAUUAUUGCACUUAACACUGGAAGUUGUGGAAAAAAGAUAUCAUUUGGGAGACUAUGGGGGUGAAAUCCUUAAUGAAGUGAAAGUUAAUAGAUCAGAAAAAGAGUUAUAUGCCAGUCCAGCAACCCUUCAUAAUGGAAAUCAUCACAAAGUUCAAGAAUGUAAAACUAAGGUGCUGUCUCCAGCUUCAGAGGCUGAGGAGGAGAAUGACCCUGACGGUUCCUGUGCUUUCAGAAGACGGGCAGGAUGCCAGUAUUACGCUCCGCGUUUGGACCAAGCUAAUAACCAUAUGUGUGAAAAUUCAGAGUUGGCAGACUUGGAUAAGUUGAGGUAUAAGCAUUGUCUUACGACACUUACAGUUCCAAGAAGAUGUAUAGGAUUUGCAAGGAGGCGAAUUGGCAGAGGUGGCAGGGUCAUAAUGGACCGAAUAUCCACAGAACAUGACCCCGUCCUGAAACAGAUAGACCCUGAGAUGCUGAACGGGUUUUCAAGCUCUUCCCAAACUAUAGACUUUUCUUCUAAUUUCUCUCGGACCAAUGCUUCCAGUAAACCUUGUGAAAAUAGACUGUCUCUUUCUGAAAUAUUAAGCAAUAUCAGAUCAUGUCGACUACAGUGUUUCCAGCCAAGGCUACUAAAUGUACAGGACAUUGAUAGUGAAGAAUGUACCUCAAGAAAACCAGGGCAGACUGUGAGCAGUAAAAGAGUUUCUGCAGCAUCCGUAGCUUUAUUGAACACCAGCAAGAACGGCAUAUCAGUAACAGGGGGCAUCACAGAAGAGCAGUUUCAGACACAUCAACAGCAGCUAGUUCAAAUGCAAAGGCAGCAACUUGCGCAGCUUCAUCAGAAACAACAAUCCCAGCAUUCCUCACAGCAGACACAUCCAAAAGCACAGGGCUCAAGCACCUCUGACUGUAUGUCUAAAACACUUGACUCAGCCAGCGCCCACUUUGCUGCAUCUGCAGUGGUCAGUGCUCCUGUUCCAAGUCGCAGUGAGGGAUCCAAGGAACAGAACACUGGCCACAACAAUAUGAAUGGUGUUGUCCAGCCUUCAGGACCCUCUAAAACAUUAUAUUCCACCAAUAUGGCUUUAUCAUCCAGCCCAGGGAUUUCAGCUGUACAGCUUGUAAGGACAGUUGGCCACACUACUACAAACCACUUGAUCCCAGCGUUGUGCACAAGCAGUCCUCAGACACUUCCCAUGAACAAUUCCUGCCUGACCAAUGCAGUGCACCUCAAUAACGUCAGUGUUGUUUCUCCUGUCAAUGUGCAUAUCAAUACACGGACUUCAGCACCAUCGCCAACAGCCUUAAAACUUGCCACAGUUGCUGCCAGCAUGGACAGAGUGCCAAAGGUUACUCCCAGCAGUGCCAUCAGCAGCAUAGCCAGAGAGAACCAUGAACCAGAAAGACUGGGUUUAAAUGGACUAGCAGAGACAACAGUAGCUAUGGAGGUGACAUAACGGAAGGCGCGUGGCCUGACCUGUGUGGAUGGUUGCAGUCAUUCCUAUUCCAGCGGAAUACAAAGGCGGGUGGCACUCUGUGGAUCACAGAGCAGAACAAUGGACCUAAAUGGAGUACAGUAUACCGGAUGUUAAGUCGAUAUAUGAUGUAUAUUUUGUAAAAUUGGGAAAAUCACUACCUUGUAAAAUAGUUUAUUUGUAUCAUCAAUAUUAUUUCUGUUACUUGAAUAGUAGAUAUUCAUCAUCAUGCUUUUGCACUUGAAUUUGCAACUGAAUGGAUUUUAAAAAUAAUUCUUUAAUGGGAUCAUGAGCAUGAAAUGGGAUCCUGCAUCACUUGUUUUAACUAUUUAUUUUGCCAUGUUUACAUUUUGUAUCUUGUAAAAAAAAUAAAUCCAACUUUGUGUCUAAAAAGUUAAAGAUUCAUAGCUAGGAAAUGAAAUUCUUGUAAUUUUUUUCUAAAGGAACUGUAAAGUUUUCACUUGGUUCAUUUUGUUUCACAAUUUGACUAGAUGGACUUUUUGGUAAAUACUUUAGUGGCAUUUCACUGUCAAAUACGACUUCAAGGCAAAAUAGUAUUUUCUAUUACUGUGCAGGGGAAGGGAUGGAUCGAUACAUGCAAAUUUAAUGUAGUAACUCACUUUUCCAUAUAUUUUGAAUGUAUAUUUCUAUUUAUAAUACCAGUUUAUAAAAAAUAAUUACACAGAAAAAGUGGACUAGGAAAUUAUGCAUCUAGCACAUUUAAACUGUGCAGAUAUGAAAAUUUUUCAUGGAUUACAUUUUAUCUGAAGACUGCAUAUUUUAACUGGCUUUAAAACUGUAACACACCACAUAAAAGAUAUUUACCAGGUAUGUAUUGCAUCAUAUCAUUGCAAUAAUUAUUGGAAGUCUAUAUAUCGAGCCAUCCCAGGUUUUGGGAGGGGGGAGGGUUGUGGCGAGAUUGUCUUUUCAAUUUUGGAGAGUUUUCCUGUGGCUACAAGGCAAGUAACGGGUUGGAAACCGUCUGACUGUAAGUGUUGGACACCUUCAUAGCGUAGUGUUUAGUGACUUUUUUAUACGGUUCUUGUAAAUUAGAUACGUGUAGUGGUGUUUCAGAAUGUUUGUUUAUGCACUAGUUCAGACAACUUUCCCUGUUACUUGUUCUUGAUAAGUGAAAACUGCAGGGAAAUAAAAAAUACAUAUCAAAACACGGCCAUGCUGCAUAUGUGUUUAUUUCACCAUGUGCACACAGCGCAAGUGAGGGAGGACAGGAGGGACAGGCCAGCCCGCACAGCACUUGUCGCCCAGGCCUUCAGGCAUGGAGGAGAAGGUCGAAGGCUCGCCUCUGGGCUCCAUUGGGUUUCAGAUAAUCCAAUAUAAACUACCUUUGCUAUGAAAGUUCUUAAAAUAUUUUACAGAAUGUAAGUAAUUUGCAGUAUAGCAGUCAUUGAAAUCUCAUAAAUGAGCCUCAUUUUAUAAAUAUAUAGAGUAUAGUGUAGAAUUAUAUUGCAAGGGGGUUUUGGAAGUCCUGGGAAAUGUAAAUAUUUUUAAUGAAUACAAUUAAAAACCAUUUCAAACUGAACAUAAUUUUAUACCUUUUUUAUAUCUGCAGUCCUGAAAGUUGUAAACUUAUUGUCACUUAAAUUAAUGGGCCAGGAUUUCUGCUGAGAGUGGUUUAUUCAGAUCCUAAAUGUAAAGCAAUUUAUGGUCAAAACCACAGGGGAAAAAUAAAUUUAAUUACUUUGUCGGUUGUGACCUGAUAGGAUCCAUGCUCGUUUUUGCCAUACUACCUCUGGGGUUCACUGCUGAUGAUAUAAAGGAAAUAAUUUGAUUGAUAUGUAUGUGACUAUGUUCAUUCUGCUUACAGUUGGAUGUAUCUUGCUAUUAAGAAUUUGAAACAACUCAGUGCUAAUUUCAGAGAAAGCUUCUCCCCUCCCCCCAUUUUGCUGAAGUAAAGCAUGAAGUUAA